GCCCGAGCUGGGAAACAUACAGAAGCGAAAGACAGCAUGGCAUUGGCAUCGGCAUCGCCAUGCUCUCCCUCUCUCUCUCUCGACUUCUAUUUAAUACCACCUUUUCAGCCCACUGCAUCAUCCCAUUCCCAUGCAGUUUUGUCUUCUCCCACUCCACAAAACCCACUUCCCUGUGUUCUCUUGUGCCUCUCUCUCUCUCCCCACCUAUACUCCACUCCUCCAAGCUAGAGCGCAUGUACUGUCUAUGUGUGUCUCUCUUCUGACGCUAGUCUGCAUCCCCUUCAGGCACUUCUCUUGGCUAUAGCUUCCUGAGUGAGAUCAGCUCUUUUCGUUCGUCUUCUGACAAAAGGGCUUUCUUCGACCCAUUACUUGUCCCGCUUCAGUUACCACAGCAGUUCAGAGAGAGACCCGGUGUCUGAGCUUCAGUUUUAGAAGUUUGACCUUUCUUCGAAGAGAAUCAUUUAGCUUAUCAUGUCUAGCAGGAGGUCAAGAUCGAGACAAUCCGGAAGCUCCGGAAUCAGCGAUGACCAGAUCAUCGACCUCGUCUCCAAGUUGCAGCAACUCCUCCCCGAAAUCCGUAACCGUCGCUCCGACAAGGUAUCAGCAGCGAAGGUUCUGCAAGAGACGUGCAACCACAUAAGAAGCUUGCACAGAGAGGUCGACGAUCUGAGCGAGCGGCUCUCGGAGCUGCUGGCCAACAGCGACAGCGACCAAGCUGCUGUCAUCAGGAACCUACUCAUGCAGUAGCAGACCCUAGAGAAACAGCAAAGAUCACGGAUUAAUUUAGGAGCUAAAAGUUUUUCUGGUGGGCAUGCUAUAAGUCCUGUCUAAGGUCUUUUUCCCUGUCAACCUUUUACUUGCGGGUGUUGUCUCCUUUUCCUCUCCAUGGUUUUCCCUUUCGUCGAUUCCGAGCUCUUAUUCUAGGGUUUUCUUUCUUUCUUUCUUUCUCUCUUCUUUUUCGGCACCGGAUUAGACAAGAGGCUCUGAUGUAGCUGCGAAUGGGUAGUUCCCUCUCGGGAAUCUGUGUUGAGCAGAUGCAAUAAAUCGAUCAAGUUUUACCGUUC